GCCUGAACUGUUAUAACUCAAGUCAGGGGCCAGUAACUAACCUGAUACAUCCAGGGAACGGGUGGGUGUUGACGGAUCGUUGUGAUUGGGCUCGAUCCGGUCUAUCCUGGCUGACAGCGCCGAUUAUGUACGUGCUGUGAUUUGCUUUUGUUUAGCACAGCCCAUCGACCUGCAGCGACAAUCUUGCGCCUGACUCGACCAACAACUUUGCAUAAAAAAGAAGGCAGCUGCAGCUGCAGCUGCAGUUGCGGUGUGUCGUGUCGUUGUAUAAUGGUGGCCGAGAUGGAACUGGUAGUGGUAGAAAUGAGCCUCACUGCAUGCCCAAAGGUACCGCAAUGUUGUGUGUCCGUCGUCAGCGUGCAAUGAUGUAUGAAACCAGCGAAGAUAAAAGGUUCUCUUGGCCCCUGUCAAUUGAUCUCACCAAGCUUGACUAGGGAGCCAUUGCGCAGGUAGAAAGCAGGUGAAUUGUGCGAUCGCAGCGCCAAAAUGUCUCGACCUUGCCCGAUGAACGCACCUGAAGGCAACUUUGUACAAAAGCCAGCCAGUGAGCCACCACGGAGUGAGGAAGCCGGUGCACCAAGCAUGAGACCUGGAAUAGAUCUCGAACGCCAAGCAGGAGGCUGGGGUAUGUUCCAUUCAUGUCCUGUGAUUGUUAGCAUGCGCUGAUAUGUGGUAUCCAGGAGGAGAAAGAGGUUGGGCUCGCAUGUGUCGACAGAUACAGCAAGACAAGAGGCACAUGGUAGCGCCUCGGUUGACACACAUAGUCUGGCGCUGUAUUACCCUGCGAGCGAACCGCAUGGUGACUCUUUAUGCCGAGACCGAAAAAGCAUCUGGAUUGGGUGAAGAAGUUACGAAUUUGGACGAAAAGCUUGAGGAUGAAUGUCUAAAAUAUUUACAUCUGAUACUUCAAGCAAGCCAGGUAUCCGCACUCGACAAGCCAGGUAACUAUUUCUUGAGGCACCUCUUGCCUUGCUUCAAAGAGAUGUUAAACAGCCGGGACGGGGACGGCGUCUAUCUUGACGAGCCGAUGAACGACUGGGUAUCUCUCAAUCAACCAAACAGAAUGGAUCAACUCAUCUGUCUUGCCCCCCACACAAAGGUCGGCAGAGCACUCUUUAGACCGUUCGUUACCGGGAAAGAAGAGAUCGGCAAUAAUGUUCAGUAUCACUACAAUGAAGGGAUCAUACGAUCGAUAGCAUUCACCCUUUUCACCUCUAUCAUUGCUGUGUUUGCUUGCGCCCCAGCCGCGAUUCAGUCGCUGAAUGUCCGAUCAACGGUGGGUGAAGUAGUUGUGUAUCUCGUGUUUGUGAUCGCGUUUGGCUGGCUGAGCCAGGGGCUGAUUUUGGGAUUUGAGAAAGUUUUGCUCUCUUGUCUUGCCUACGCCGGAUUGAUGGCAACCCUUCUUCGAGGGGGUUGAUAUCGUGAGAGGGACGGAUGGACUAGAGACCGGAGGGUUGGAAGGCGAGUAGGGGUUAAGAUUGGACUGUAUCGGAACGACUUGAGAAGCCGUGUGUAAGAGAGUGGAUGUAUAUUGGACAAUCGUUUGUAGAAUCGCAUUCCUUGAGACUCCUCUGUUAGCAG